AUGAACUCCUUCAAGACCGCCGCUGUCUUCGCUUUCCUCGCUGCCUCUCAGGCUCUUGCACUUCCUGCCUACCAAUGCAACCCAGCUCAUGAAUAUCCCAACGGUGAGAAGUGCGUCUCAACCAACGGAGCACUCUCUCUGGUCACUGCUACCGCCUCAGCAACAUCUGGCUAUGCUUGCAAUCCAGCUCAUCAAUACCCCGGCGCUCAAUGUAUUUCCACCAAUGGAGUCUUGAGCCUUGUUACACCUGCUCCUUCAGCAAAGAAGCAGGCCACUACCUACGCUUGCAAUCCGGCACACAGUUACCCAAACAAUGCUGUCUGCACUGAGGUCUCUGGUUCCUUGACUCUCGUCACACCUGCUCCUCAAGCUACCUACGCCUGCAAUCCCGCACACAGUUAUCCUGCUGGUGCUUUCUGCACAGAGGUCUCUGGCUCUUUGACCCUCGUCACACCUUCGCCCCAAGCUACCCACUACGCAUGCAAUCCCGCUCAUUCUUACCCAAACAAUGCCAAAUGCAUUUCUACCAAUGGAGCUUUGAGCCUGGUUACUCCUGCUCCUCAGGCUACCUAUGCUUGCAAUCCCGCUCAUUCUUACCCAAACAACGCUGUCUGCACUGAGGUCUCUGGCUCUUUGACUUUGGUCACACCUGCUCCUCAAGCUACCUACGCUUGCAACCCAGCUCAUGAAUAUCCCCAAGGCGUUCGUUGUGUGUCUACCAACGGUGGUUUAAGCCUUGUUACUCCUACUCCUGCCCCUACCGCUCACUAG